CAUAGGUUAUCACGCACGCGCUUCAGGAGGUGUAGCAGGAGGCGGAGUUCGCGCUGCGGGACAGUGUCUGUAUCCCCGCUCCUCCUCUCUUCUCUCCCCCUCUGACUCUCUUUAAACGGCUUUAAACCUCCAUAAAACGGUGAUAAUGUACCGGUGCUUUGGGUCUCUUCUCCCCCGGGCCUCGGGCUCCGUCCUGCGGCACCGAGCCUACAGCCAGGCCGUGGACCGCAGCGACGACCCCAACUUCUUCACCAUGGUGGAGGGCUUCUUCGACCGGGGAGCAGCCAUCGUGGAGGACCGACUGGUGGAGGGCCUGAAGACUCGGGAGAGUCUGGAGCAGAAGAGGAAGCGGGUCCGCGGGAUCCUGAGGAUCAUCAAGCCGUGUAACCACGUGCUCAGCCUCUGCUUCCCCAUCAGGAAGGACUCCGGAGAGUGGGAGGUGAUCGAGGGCUACCGGGCUCAGCACAGUCAGCACCGGACCCCCUGCAAGGGAGGGAUCCGCUUCAGCACAGACGUCACUGUGGACGAGGUGAAAGCUCUGGCCUCGCUGAUGACCUACAAGUGUGCUGUCGUCGACGUGCCAUUCGGUGGAGCCAAAGCCGGAGUGAAGAUCAACCCCAGGAAUUACUCAGACAACGAGCUGGAGAAAAUCACGCGCCGCUUCACCGUGGAGCUCGCUAAGAAAGGCUUCAUCGGGCCAGGGAUCGAUGUGCCCGCCCCCGACAUGAGCACCGGGGAGCGGGAGAUGUCCUGGAUCGCCGACACCUACUCCACCACCAUGGGACACAACGACAUCAACGCUAGCGCCUGCGUCACCGGGAAGCCCAUCAGCCAGGGCGGCAUCCACGGCCGAGUCUCCGCCACCGGGAGAGGAGUUUUCCACGGCAUUGAGAACUUCAUCAAUGAGGCGGCCUACAUGAGUCAGCUCGGGAUGUGCCCCGGCUUCCAGGACAAGACCUUCGUCAUCCAGGGUUUUGGUAACGUGGGUCUGCACACGAUGCGUUACCUCCACCGUUUCGGGGCGAAGUGCGUCGGUAUCGGAGAGAUGGACGGAAGCAUCUGGAACCCCAAAGGCAUCGACCCCAAAGAGCUGGAGGACUACAAACUGGCCAACGGGACCAUCGUGGGAUUCCCCGACUCCACUCCCUACGAGGGCAGCAUCCUGGAGGCCGACUGCGACAUCCUGAUCCCCGCUGCCAGCGAGAAGCAGCUGACCAAGAGCAACGCCCACAAGAUCAAAGCCAAGAUCAUCGCUGAGGGCGCCAACGGGCCGACGACACCCGAGGCCGACCGCAUCUUCCUGGAGAGGAACGUGUUGGUGAUCCCGGACAUGUACCUGAAUGCAGGUGGAGUGACGGUAUCGUACUUUGAAUGGUUGAAGAAUCUGAACCACGUCAGUUACGGCCGCCUGACCUUCAAGUAUGAGCGGGACUCAAACUACCACCUGCUGAUGUCGGUGCAGGAGAGUCUGGAGAGGAAGUUUGGGAAGCACGGCGGAGCGAUUCCCAUCGUCCCCACCUCUGAGUUCCAGGCCCGGGUCGCUGGAGCGUCUGAGAAGGACAUCGUACACUCAGGACUCGCCUACACCAUGGAGCGCUCUGCCAGGCAAAUCAUGCGGACAGCCAACAAGUACAACCUGGGUUUGGACCUGAGGACGGCGGCGUACGUCAACGCCAUCGAGAAGGUGUUCCAGGUGUACAACCAGGCCGGACUCAUCUUCACAUAGAGACUCUGUCUGUCUGUCUGUGUGUCUGUCUGUCUGUGUGUCUGUCUGUCUGUCUGUCUGUCUGUCUGUCUGUCUGUCUGUCUGUCUGUCUGUCUGUCCCUGUCUGUCCCUGUCUGUCCCCUGUCUGUCCCCUGUCUGUCCCCUGUCUGUCUGCUACCUGUCUCUCUGCAGGGUCUCAGUGUUUACAGUGUGGAUGUCUCUGGAUGUGCUCAGCCUCCUCUUCAGAUCUCAGUCAGAGUUUAUCUGAUUGUUUAAAGAAGCUGAAGCCUCUGAGCUGCUGAAGCUCUGCGGGGCCAGAAGUGUGUGGACGUAUGUAAACAAGUAAAUACAAAUAUCCUCGGGGAGGAGUGACAAAAUAAAUAAAAAUACCUGAACGUUAUGUGGAUUUUUUGGGAUUUUUUGGGACUUUUUGGACAUUUUUCAUGGAACUUCAUGGGAAGAAAUCUAAAAUAUACAAGAAAACAUCAAAACUAAUCCAUGUUUUUUGUGUUAAAUUAGGAUUUCUGUCUCGUAAACUUUAGUUAACUUUUAGAAAUGAACGGCUUCUCCCCGGCUAUGUAAUCUGUAUUGGUUUGACCUGUCCCGUCUUGACUUUUAUCUUUAAAACUUGAGUAAAGACGGUUGUUAAUUUUCCCACUGAGCUGAAAGGCGGUUAUCGGGCGUCCACAUACUUUUGGCCACAUGGUGUUUUCUCCGGGUCUAAGGAUUGUUGUUAUUACAUAAUGCAGUUUACACGUGCCUCAGGACAUAUUAUGGGCUGCCUGUUGGAGAUGCUUUAUUAAAGGGUCAAUCAAUGCUUUUAUUUGUCAGUCUUCAGAUUUUACAGGCAGGAGAAAAUAAAGGAGGAAAACAGGUCAGUUUAACGAUGAGACUAACUGACUUUAAUAAUAUAAUCAAAGUACCUAAAGGAAGAACAAGCCAUACUUUCAGCAAUUCAAAAGAAUAUCUAAGAAAUCUCUGAAAUGUUUUCCUCAAAUAUCUGCAGCUUCAGCCAUUUCCUCCUAAAGGGAACCAGUGUCUUUAUUAAGUAACCCUAAUGCAGGAAAACACUUCCAUCCAAAAGUUAUUUUGCAAGUCGAAUAAAUGUAAGAUGUAAUAAUGUAUUGACCUGAAAAAGUUCACAGCAUUUUUAAUCUGUAAAACUCGUUUAGAUUUGCUAACAUUAUUUAGUAUUAGUUGAAACCUCCACUGUUUGAGUGCUUAAUGGAGAGACUUGGGUUCCCCGUAUACAAUGAAACCUCUCAAUGACCUUCAGCUGUGUUUGAAUUAUAGCUUUACUUUAAUUACAACCAAAAAUCUUGUUUUACUUUAAGUGUCGGGUCAUGUUCAUCUAUGCAGUUAAAAGGAGAAAUAUUACAUCAGUCUUCUGAACAAAGAAAGCUAAAAAACAAGACUUUUACCAAAUAUUUUCCUCACUUUUUGUUCAAUUACUUUUGGUUUGAUCUCUUAAUGAACUAUGCAAAACACCCUGAUCUACGGAAGCCCUGAGCGGCCAAGAUCUGGACAUUUUAUUUCCUCCUUUUCCUGAACUGUAUUUGUUUUCUCAAACUCACAUCUCAUUAAUGUCAGUCUUUUAGAGUAACAAAUGAUCCCUCAUUAAAUGAAACUCACCUGUAAUAUGUUUUUUAAUUCUACAUAAUAUAAUCUCGGUCAGAGAUCACAAAAACCUCUUUAAAUCAUGAUUCAUUUCAGACGUCGAUUAAACCGUGUUUUGUGAAUCAAACAUAUUGAAAUAUCUCUGGGAAAACAUUUGUUAUUUUCACAUACUGAAAUAACUCAUUUUGAGGAAAUAAACCAAAACAGUGAAAUAUAAUCUUUGGUUUCAAACUGCAGCUCGGAGCGAUCGGUGCUCAGGAGAAGCUCUGAUUGUUAUUACCUGUAACAAUCACCUGAGCUUACACAGGAAAGGUUCUGAAUGUUUUUCGGUAAACACACUUUAUUUUCAGCUCUGAUUUAAACCUGCUUUGUUUUUCUGUUCGAGGGAAUUUUUAUGGCUUUUUUGUUCAAAUGUUACAGCAGAAAUAAAGUGUGAAAAUGAA